UUGCAACUCCGUAGUGCCCAUUAUUGUGUAUUAAAGUUGAGUGUUUUUAUUUAUUUUGAACAGGAAAUCCUUGAAAAGUAUGGCGUAAAUCAAUUAUUCCACGUAUUUUCGCUGAAUCCAAAGUAUAUUAUCCAUCAUUGAGUGUCCUGUGUGGCCAAGAUGUCGAGAUCGAGCUCCGUGGAGGAUAUUCCUGAGCAGUGUAAAGACCUGUUCACCCAAGAUGGAGUACUCCUCAAAGCCUGCCUGGGCCGACCGGUCACUGACCUCAACUCCAUCGGUAUGCUCUGCAUCGUGCAGAACCAGGACAACACCAAAUGCAUAGAGUGGAGACCGAAUGACCUGAUCACCAUAGACUCAGAUACACAGGAUCAAGAAUGGGCAGUCGUCAACACUAUUGGUAUUACCAUGUCUUAUGCUAAAGGUCGUCGCCAGCGAACUCUGAGCGGCAACAUAACAUCAGACUACGCGACAGCCCGAGCUCGCAUCAUCAAAAUACCCAUAGAAGAGCUUAAAACCUUCAGGGUCACCAGAAACAACCAGCAAAUGCAGUUCUCAACCAAACCGGGAGUCUGGCAAACCACCUUCUACUUUCAACACGGGAACGCGGAAAUUUUCGUCGCAUACCUAAAGAACCAUGUCAAAACAGCGAAAACUCGUCAUGAUAGGAAUACAUACGUUGUCGUAGAACCUAAUAUAGAGACACAAGUAUUGAAUAAGUCGUUUGCUGAACUGGAUAUUUUUACGGAAAACACGACAGAUGUGGUCUGGAAUUUGGUGUCCAAUUUCAAACAGAGACCCUAUGAGACUACUAUGGAAGCGUUUUCGAAACUCACUGAUAUUGUAUACUACGGCAAUGAAGGUAUGAAUGGCAAACGCGACGUUUCUGAAGAAGUAGCUGACUUGUUAACGAAGAGUAUGAGCGCUAUGGAAGAGAAUACCACAGUCACCAAGAAUGAUGAGUAUGAGGUCAUCAGUGUUAAACCUACGCUGCCACAGAGGCCGUAUAUACCUAGAGGUACACCCUUAUCGACAGAGAAAUGGGAAGGAUUGCAGGAUACAGAGGGGAGGGUCACAGAAGUUGAAGGAGUAAAACAACUUAUAUUUAGGGGGGGCGUAGCACACUCAAUAAGGCAGUCAGUAUGGAAGUACUUACUGGACUACUACCCAUGGCACAUGACUCACGCAGAACUAAGAGCUCUCACUAAGAAGAGAACAGAAGAGUACUUCUCUAUGAAACUGCAGUGGAGGUCCAUGACUGAGGGACAGGAAGCCAGGUUUUCAGAAUACCGCGACAGAAAGAGCCUAGUAGAAAAAGACGUAAACCGCACAGACAGGACACACCCAUUUUUCGCCGGCGACAACAAUCCCAACUUAGUAGUGCUACAAGAUAUACUCAUGACAUAUGUCAUGUAUAACUUCGAUCUCGGUUAUGUACAAGGCAUGUCCGAUAUAUUGGCACCUCUUUUGUUGCUGUUGGGCAAUGAAGUCGACAGUUUCUGGUGUUUUGUUGGGUUUAUGGAUAAAAUUGCCACAAACUUCGACAUGGACCAGGCGGGCAUGAAGCACCAGCUGCUGCAGCUACAGCAGCUGCUGACGUUCGCCUCCCCGGAGCUGGCGAGCCACCUGGCGGCGAAGGACUCCGGCAACAUGUACUUCUGCUUCCGCUGGCUGCUCGUCUGGUUCAAGCGGGAGUUCUCGCAUAGGGAUAUUAUGAGGCUAUGGGAAGUAUUAUGGACGUCGUUGCCAUGCGCAAACUUCCACUUAUUAAUUUGUGUUGCCAUACUCGACGCAGAAAAGGAUAUUCUAAUCAGUAAAGAUUAUGGAUUUACUGAAAUAUUGAAACACGUGAACGACCUAUCAAUGUGCCUAGACGUGGACAAAAUACUAAGCACGGCCGAAGGAAUAUACCACCAAGUUGUAUCAGCCCCCCACUUAACAGACCAGAUCCGAAUCAUCCUGGGACUUCCGACCCUGAACAUAUCGACUUCCACCCACUCCGAGAGCGACGAGCCGACGACUUCGAAAGUCGAAGCCAAUGGUACGGUGAAAGGAAGCGUGUUUGCCCAGGAUUUGGACGAAGUUAUGUAUCAGAUAGGCUUAGACAUGAAUUUUUAGGCACGGCGGAUACACUCGAAUAUAAUGGAUUACAAAUAUGUAUAGUUACGAAAACUGUUUGGGCCUUGCUCGCCUAGUGAACGAAUGUACAUAAGAGUCGUCAGACUGGAAGAGUGAUAUUUUUUAUAUUUUUAUAAAUACACGCUUUAAUACUUGUGUCGUUUUGACUCCUGUUCGAAGUUAGCAAUAUAUGAAAACAGAUUUGCGGUUCUCUGUGAGGUUUAUUGCGUGUAGGGAAUAUUGAAACUAGAAUUUGAUGUUUAUUCGUUAAUUUUGAUUUUUAAAUAGGAUGACUGGUAAUUAGUGACCGAUACUUAAACACAUGAUUCUACAAAUGAUUACUUACAACUUUCGCAAAUAAACUUUUUUUAUAUUCAUUAGUUUAAUCUCAAAAGCAAAAUAGCUGUCUGAAAAUUAGGGUAACGUACAAACUCUCAAGUUAUUGUGAUAAAACUAAUGAGUACCUAUAAUAAAACGGUUCUAUGAGACAGCUAUUUGUAAUCAUCAAUGGAGUCAGGUGUUCUAGUAAUAAUUACCAGUCACCCUAUAUAAUGCACGGUGCAAAUGCCUUGAAAAGCAGCAGUAGACGAGUACCAGUUAAUUAAUAAAAAGUUUAAAAUAUAAUGGUAAAGUGCCAAUAACUGUAAAAUAACUGAUAUGGAUCGAAAUAAAAUUACUCCUAUUAAAGUAUUAGCCCACCAAAAUUAUUGUAUAUGUAUAUAAAAGAUUGGGUAGACGUGCCAUGUGUGCUGGUUAUAAUAUAAUGUUCCUACAAUAUGUAAAUAGUUAAUAUUAGGAGUAGUCAAUUGAUCUUUACAGCCAUAGAUUAAAGAGAUAUAGACAUGACAGACUUUAUUAAGCAAUCAAAAUGUUUUAUAUACCAGUUUCGUUGUUACUGCAUACUAAUCUAUUUUG